AUUUCUACCUGUAGCGUUGAAAAGUUAAAUCUUGUUUGACAGUUUGUUAUAGAGUACAGUUAGUAGUUUUUGCUUCAGUACUAUUAGUACUUGGUAAUAAUAUUUUCUCCAUAGUCUUCCUUCAUUUGUUCUUCAGGAAAUUUCAUACAUUUUUCUUGAUCUGCCAGAAAAUUCCGUACGUUUGUAGUCUGCUGCAUAUAGUAUUCUAAAGGCAGAAUGGAGAUGAAGAAGCAAAGCAUCUCAGAGUUUCGAGAAAGAAUGGACAAAACAUUAGCACGUAACGAUCUUGUAAAUGAAGAGUCUAUGAAAAAGCUAGUUGUAAAACAGUUCUCUCUUUCGCCAUCAAAAUCUGCCGAGAAAAGUCAUGAUGGUAACAAUGAAUACGUAAUUGAAAAGAGGUCUAAACAAGUAAUGAACUUUCUUGACCAGCUGAGGAGUGCUUCUGGAGAUCAUCAUAAUAAGCCUGGGGGUUGGAAGGUUAAGGAAGAUAAUGAUGAGUAUCGGAUCAUGUAUCGAGGAGAACCUAAAGGAUCUCCCUUUCAUACAUUACUUGCGGAAGGAUAUGCAGAUGCACCUAUGGAUGUCUGUUUAUGUGCUGCAUGGGAGGCAGCUCUCUACGAGAAAUGGUGGCCUAAAGUCGCAGUUCCAAAAUUCAGAAUCAUGGAAACUAGAGCGCUGCAAAAGAUUCGAAUCGGAGAACAUCUUUCCCUCGUCAGGAUGAAGGUUACAUGGCCAUUAGCAGCUAGAGAAGUUAUUGUCCACUAUUUGGAAAUUGAAUAUCUUGAAGGUGAUAUGAUUAUUGGACUCCUAAACACUGUGCCUGACAUAGAUAAAGCUACCAAAGAAACUCAUGGAUUCAGCAGCGAAGGGGUACCAGAAGCAAAGGAUAUUGUUCGAAUGGAUUUCGUUGGCGGCACUGUAAUGAAGAAAUUGUCCACAAAUAAAACCUACUUUCGGACAAUAGUGAAAAUGGAUUUAAAGCUAGACUUGGUUCCUGCGUGGCUUAUAAAUUUCAUUGCAAGGCAACUUCUUGGUGGUUCUUGCAAGCUCUAUCAAAAGACAGUUGCCUCUGUGGCCAAAGGAGACAGAGAUUUUGAAGAAGCCCUGAAGGGUCCGUUAUAUGUUCGAAUACGUGAAGGUCUUUCAGGCAAAAAGUCGAAGAACAUUUCAGAAAAUAAAAAUGGAGAAUCAACACUGGCCCUAUCAGCAGAGCAACAUGAAAUUGAAGAAGAAAAGAUUGAACAGAAUUCCACAGAAGAUAAAGUAGGUGCUCCUGAACCAGUUAAGUCGGGCUUCAAAGGGAAAGAAGAACAAGAGAAUGAAUCAUAUUCAGAAGGGAACAAGAAAGAUGCAACUGUGCCAGAUAAUCUAGGCUUGCAAGGAAAUGGAGAAGUACACACUGAAUGAGAACCGUUUAAGAAUGUGAAAAAGGCACUCCCUUAUUCAGGUACAAGAGUGUCUAACAUCUGAAGGUGUUUUCUGAAAUGGUAAUUUUCAAGAAAUUUGAUUAGUUAUUGACAUUCUGGGGAAAUACCAAAAAAAAAAAAAAUUCUACAUGUGCUGGUUGCGUAUCAUAAUAUGUACUCCGUCUUGUUAAAGAAUUAUCUUUCUUAUUAUCCAGAAAAUAAAUAAAAAAGAGACUUGUGUUACAAA